GCGAAUCAGAAAGAACUCACAGGUUGACAGAAUUGAAACAUUACAACAACCCAAAACACAUAAUAAAAAUAAAGCAGCAAAAUAACAAAAAAUAAAAUUACAAAAUACUGUGUACUGCGCGGAGCUGAGCUGCGCUGCGCUGCGUUGUGUAAAACACGUACUGUGAACAUAGAAAGGCAAUUGGAACGUGCGCCGAUCGCAUUGAUACCCGUAUCUCGGAAGUGCAGUGAACAGUAUCUAAAAAAAAAACAAAAAAUCCCAGUAAUAGUUAAUUUAUUGUACACAUGCGCUUGUUUAUCACAGCCAGACCAUUUAUGCAAAAAACAUACAAAAAACUUAGUAUCGAUGCAUUAUUAUACUAUAAAAUCUUAGUAUAAAAAAUAUUGCCACAGAUUAAUAUUGAAGUGAUAACAUUGCAUGUGAUAAGAGCUAAUCAAAGAGUAGUGUUAAAAAAAACCAAACGACAAAAUAGUUAAUAUUUGGAGUAUCCGUACACCAUACUAAAUGGAUAACAAAGUGGAGAAAAAUGAAAGCGAGACGCAACGCAAAGGCUGGACACCUCUGUUGGCGUUGAUAUGUGUAGCAACAACUUUUGGUACAGCAAUACCUGUAGGCUAUUGCCUCGGUGUUAUGAAUACACCCGCUGAGUAUAUUAAAGCCUGGUGCUUAGAUGCCUUCGUAAUACGUUACGACGUAGAACUGAGUCCCUCUCAGCUAGAUCUGCUGUGGUCGGCGAUUGUAUCUAUAUUUCUUAUAGGUGGCAUAUUUGGUUCAUUUUUCGCUGGCGGUUGUUGUAAUCGCUUUGGAAGAAAGGGAUCACUACUGGUCAGUGCAUUCCUGCUGACAGUCUCGGGCAUCCUCUUACACUUCUGUCGCAUGACAGACUCCGUUGAGAUGCUGCUGAUCGGACGCUUUACAAUUGGCAUUGCAGCAGCUAUUACCUAUACAGUACAUCCAAUUUACUUGCUGGAGAUUUCACCUACUCAUCUGCGUGGCAGUGCGGCAGUUUUCACGUCCAUCGGUGUGACAGGCGGCAUUUGUGUGGGACAAAUUUUCAGCUUGCAACAAGUAUUCGGCACCGAAGACCUAUGGCAGUUUGCGCUCAGCUUCUAUACUGUUUUCGUAGUUGUUAGCUUUUUGCCGGUCUUCUGGUUUCCAGAGUCGCCACGUUGGCUAUAUUUGAUGCGUCAGAAUGAGCAGGCAGCACGCAAAGAGUUGCAACGGUUGCGCGGCAAAAAUUCCGAUGCCUGUGUGAAUGCCGAAAUUGCUGAUAUGAAAGAGUUGGCCGCUUUAGCGUCCAGUGAGAAAAUGAGCUUUUUGGCGGUGGUGAAGAAUCCGGAAUAUUUGUUGCCACUAGUAAUUUGUUGCUCGUUUCCAUUGUGCCAACAGUUGAGUGGCAUCAAUGCAAUCUUCUUCUAUUCGGUGAGAAUUUUCAUGAAGGGCGGCUUCUCGCUGGAGAUUGCAACAUGGAUGAACUUUGGUGCUGGCAUCUUGAAUUUACUAUUCGCAGCCGUGAGUCCUGUGACGGUGCAAAAGUUCGGUAGGCGACCGCUGAUGAUGUUCUCCUCCGGUGGGUGUGGCUUGUCACUUCUCGGCAUGGCCUUUGCUUUGAACUACAUUGAUCGCGUUAGCUGGUUGCCCAUUCUUUGCAUUGUCUUUAUUGCUUCGUUCAUAUUCUUCUUCAAUGUGGGCUUGGCGCCUGUUCCCUAUUUUGUCGGCGCAGAGCUGUUUGAAGUAGAAUCGCGUUCGGUGGCCAUGUCCAUGGGAAAUUGCUUUUCUUGGAGUGGCAACUUUAUGAUUGGCAUGUUCUUUCCUAUGUUGGAGGCUGUUUGGGGUUCUUACGCCUUUCUACCGUGUGCUGUUAUGUGUCUGUAUUGUUUCCUGCUGACGUGGCGUUAUCUGCCCGAGACUCGCGGAAAAGAUGUCGCAGACGUAAGACCAUUGAUGUCCAAAGGUUUUCGGUCAAAGGUGCACUAAUGAGUGAUAUAUGUGAAUAUAUGUAUUUGUAAACACUUCAUCUAUCAGUACCGUGAGUACAAGUAUAUGGAAAACCAGUUACUAAAGUUUGAUAUUUUAAGCUUAAUUUUAAGUUUAUUAUUUGUAGAAUUAAAUAUCGCCAGUCUCUUGUACAUACUUAUGCAUGUAAAUAAUUAUUUAUUCCUUUCACCUGACAUAUUUAAAACUUUGUGCCACAGCUUAUUCAUUUAAAAUUUAAGAUAUUUUUGCCACAAAAAUGUAUAGCAAAAAAUGUUAAAAAAUAAAAACUUCGUAAAA